GCCACUUGGUUUCAAGUGUGUGAAGAGUUUUGUGAGGGUUUUGCUGCGAAACUGUAUCAGGAGAAAAAUGAUAUAGGUAAUUUGUGUUUUGUUGCUGGUUCAAAAUUCAUGAAAAGGAGAAAGGGUAUUAAAGAUUCCUUUAUUAAAUGUGAAAGGAAACGCACAAAAUCAGGGCAAGGAGCGAUUUCGUCUAGAAGGUAUAUAUACGCCCGUCAACUGUCGGUCCCUGCAAACACAGUAGAUCCAGGUCCCACGCAAACUCAUGUCGAUGAUAAUGGACUUGCUGGUAGUGAAACUGCGGAUGAACUGACAGCAGAAACAUCAUCACCUGCAAAGAGUGAGCCCGCUGUCAAACGACGCAGGAUAAUUGAAGAUUCUUUAUUAAAAUUCAAGAAUACUCCCGUACCGUCAACUUCACCCGAAGCACCGGAUAAUGAGAAAUUAUUUUUAGAGUCACUGGUUCCUGCAGUUAAGACGUUUCCUUUGGACGUUAAAUUGGAGCUUAGGUGCGAGGUGAUGAAACAUGAAUGA